AUGUCCAACAACGGUGUUGGAGGUAGUAUUAGUGUUGGGGGGUAUUCAACUUCACCAUCGAAUUUAAAUACAACAAUGGCAAUGUGUCAGACGAUUAAUGACCUGAAUUCUCCUCCUCCCUCACGCAGUAGUCAAAGCUCUGAUUUAUUAGAACAAACAAUACAAAAAUCAUUCUCUAAUUGGUCGAUAUUAAAUGAAAGUUUUAGCAAUGGGCACAUUAUUACAUUGGACGAUUGUGGAGUAGCUUUGGAUCAAGUUAGAGAAACAUAUCGAAUUUUAUUAGAAAUGCCUGUAAAUAUUAUAAGGGCAAUGAUGAAAUCAAUUGAAACAAUAUUGAAACAAGAUAUUAAAUUUUUAAUGAUAAUCCUCGAGGUUUGCACCAAUCCACUUCUUUCUCAACAUAAUUUUCCUCAAGAGUCUCAAUAUCAUCAUAAUAUUGUAAAAAGAGUUUUUGGUUUAUUAUCUAAUUUGAGUAAUGAACUUCAUCACUUCUUGGUUAAUUGGUUUAUGCGGUAUUCAACGGCAAUAUUUCGAAAACGGGUAGAUCUUGUUAAUUCAUUUAUAAGCUAUAGACUUAAUAAACAACAACGAGUUGCAAAUACAGGAACUUAUGAAACGGAUUGGCGUGUUGGUUCUGCAGCACGUGUGAUGGCUUUGUUGUUUGCAGCGAAUAAACAACAAAAUAAAAUACCUUUAUCGGAAUUUUACAACACAUUUGUAGAUUAUUUUAUUCAAUUAAUAAACGAUUUUGAUACUUGGGAACAACGUUCCGGGUUGGUAUUCAUUUCUCCAUUGUAUAUUUCUGUUUCUAUGGGUGGGAAAAUGCAGAUAAUGGAAUAUGAUGCAAAACGACAAAUGGACUCAAAAGCGAAGGAAGCGUUCUUCACAAUACUUUUUCAAAAACGUGUCACCGCGCCACAUCUAAUAUUACGAAUUCGAAGGGACUUUUUAAUUGAAGAUUCAUUAAGUCAAAUUGCUGCUAAUGAAUUAGAACUUAAAAAAUCUUUACGAAUAGAGUUUAUUGAUGAAGAUGGAGUUGAUGCUGGUGGUUUACGAAAAGAAUGGUUCUUAUUAUUAGUACGACAUUUGUUUGAUCCACAAUUUGGAAUGUUCACAUGGGAUGAGGAUUCAAACUUAUGUUGGUUUAAUCCUACCAGCUUUGAAACAAGUGAUCAAUACUUUUUAGUUGGUGUAGUCAUAGGAUUGGCUAUAUAUAAUUCUACCAUUUUAGAUGUUCAUUUUCCUUUGGCUUGUUAUAAAAAAUUAUUUGGGGUACCUGUGGAUUUAGAAGAUUUAAAAGUAUUUCGUCCAGCAUUUGCUCGAGGAUUAGAACAACUUCUUACAUUUGAAGGUGAUGUGAGAACAACAUUUUGUCGAGAUUUUGUAGCUGAAUAUAAUGCAUAUGGUGAAGUGAAGAGAGUUCCUUUAAUACCCAAUGGAGAAAAUAUACCACUUACUGAGGCUAAUAGGAAAGCGAAACAAUUUGAUCCAUUUAAACGUGGUUUCACUCAAGUUUGUGGUGGUAAUGCAUUAUCGCUUUUUCAACCAGAAGAAAUUGAACUUUUAGUUCGAGGUAGUGCCGAACCACUUGAAAUUGAACAAUUACGAGCUGUUACGGUUUAUGAAGGAUUUCGAGAAAAUGAAGAAAGUAUUCAAAAUUUCUGGUCAAUCUUUAAACAAAUGGAUCCUCCGAUGCAACGUAAAUUACUUACAUUUGUUACGGGUACUGAUAGAAUUCCUGCUACAGGAUUUAGAAGAAAAAUUGAAGGAAGCUAUAAUGGGAAGUGA